AUGCAUAAAAUAAAGAUCCUUUUGUACGACCUUAAAUUAUCAAACAAGGAAUAUCAAGAAAUAAUAACAAAUAUAAAUUUAUACAGUAUACCAGAUCUAUUUAAUGCUAUUUUUAGUAUUAAAAACUACACUAAUACUGACAUGUACAAUUUUCUAACAGUUUAUGAUUUGUACAAUCUUAAAGAAGAAAACAUUCUAGGAAAAAUUGUUAACUUAAAGUUUUUUCAAGGGGAAAAAGACACUGAUCAAGUGAUUCUAAAAUAUUUUCAGGUACUUACAUCUACUUAUUGUAUAUCUAUUUCCCAACCACUUUUUGAAAGAUUCAUUAUUCUUUUAAAUAGUCCUUUAUUUUCUUCUGCAAUAAUUUAUGAAAUUUUUAAAUAUUUACAAAUCUUUUUAAUUCAUUAUCCGGGUUUUUUAAAAAGAUCGAUUUAUAAUCUAAAAGAUAAUUCUAUGAAGUAUAAAUUACUUUACAAUACAAAAGAUAUUAGUUAUGUUUUUAUUGUCCCAGAUAUUAAACUUAUAUUACUGGAUAAUACAAAAAGUAAAUAUUUAUUACAGGAAUAUUUCAAUAAUAUUCCAAGAUGGUAUAUUAACAAUCUAAAUGAUAAUAUAUUAAGUUAUUUGUACUAUAAUUUUGAUGGACUAGAAAUAUACAAAGAUUUAUGUUAUGAAUUUUUCACUAAACUUUCACUUUCAGAAAUUAUAAAUGAAUUUAAAAAAAAUAAACUGCAUGAAAAUCUAAAGAGUGAAAUGGAAAAAGUGGUUUACAAUCAAUCAAUAAUAGAAACAUUUAAUAAGUCAAAAAAUAUUGAAGAAUUAUAUAAUAAAUAUAAAGACACGACAUUUUUAAUAUUGAGAUAUCAUCAUCUUACUGAUCUUAAAAUUUUAGGUGAAUUUCUCUGUAAUCAUAAAAAUGUAACUUUUCUAAAAGAAUUUACAGAUACAUUUGAUUUUACAAAUAUGGAUAUUUUAGUAUCUUUGAGAUAUUUUCUUAGUGGAUUUUAUUUGGUAGGGGAAUCUCAGAUUAUUUAUAGAGUUCUUGAGGUAUUUAGUAAUCAUUAUGUAAAGUUUAAUAAGUUUGAUCCAGAAUUUAUAUUGAAUCUUUGUUUCUCUCUUUUAUUGUUAAAUACAAAAAUGUAUAAUUCUAAUAUUAAGAGUAAACCUACUUUCGAAGAAUACAUUAGUGAUUUUGAUAAAGAAGAAAUACCUGAAAAUAUAAAUAUGCUUGAAUUAUACAAUAGUAUAAAAAAUGAUAAAAUAAAUUUACCUGAAAAGAUUGAAUCAUCACUAGCACAUUAUGAAGUGUACACAAAAAUGAUUAAGAGAAUACAACAUUUUAAAAUUAACAUACAAAAUAUUGAUAUUUAUGAUGUAAAUAAUUUAUACCAAUGUCUUGAUACAUUACAGUCACCAUGUAAUUUAUCUUUUUCUAUUCCAUGUUACUUAAUGGAUAAAUCUUUAGCAGAUUCUAAUUCUAUACUUAAUUCACCACAUGAUAAAUUUUAUGAAUUAUGUAAAUAUUCAUCUAUAAAAUAUAUUCCAUUAUAUUUGAAAUAUAACAAAUCUGAUCCUUACAGAUUUCUUAAUAUGUUUAAAUAUUAUUUAUCUUAUGAUGGAGAUAUAGAAAUUUAUAGAAUAUUUUUUAAUUUAAAAACUAAAAAAUACGACAAACUUUAUACAGAAAUUACUAAUACAAAAUUAAGUGGAACUAAUUGUAAAAUUUUAGUAGAUUUAUAUAAAGAAAAACCAACAAACAUUCUUUUGUUGAUGUUAGAACGUAAUCUUAAUGAAUUAAAAUCAAUAAAUUUUAUGGAUUUUGAAUCACAGGUAAAUUUAAUGAGCAGAUCUACGGAUUUACAAUUAAUUAAAAAUAGUCAAUACGCUAUUAAAUUGUUAAGAAAUGUAUUGAUUGCAAAUCCUAAAUUAAUAAGUAAAGAAUUUAUAGAACUGUUUAAAGAAAUUGAUGAUGGAGGAGAUGAUGCAUUCUAUACAAUGAUACUUUUACAAAAGGAAGAAGAUAUGUUUAAUUAUGUUAUAAAAGUUAAUGUAGAACACGAUGAUAUUAAUUUAAGUGUAGAUAAUGUUGUAGAUAGUUCUGAAAAUACAUCAAUAAAUGAUGUGAAUAAAUUAGAAGAAAAUAUAGAUAGAAUAAAAAUAAAUCUAAUGACAAAUUAUAAAAUAUCAGAAAAGUAUAAAAUGGAUGAUAGUAUAAAGUUAUUUCAAUUUUAUUCUACAUCCAAAUAUAUUUUAAAUCAGACUGUCCUAAAAAGAUGUGUCACAAAAGAAAAGUGUCUUAGAGAAAAUGAUAUAUCUAUAUCUGAAAAUUUAGAUAACAGAUUAAUAUAUAUGAUAUAUAAAUCUAAUGAAAUGAAUAAUAAAGAAUUAACAACAUAUACACUUUGGAUUAUUAAUUUAUUGUCGACAAGUCUACCUGUUGUAGUAGACUUUUUUGAUAAAAAUAUUAAUUUAUUAAAAAAUAAUUUACAGGAAAGUAUAAUUAAAAUAAUAAUAAGUAGAUUAAAAAAGGUAGUUUCUGGGCUUCCAUUGUGCUGUGGUUGCAAAUAUAAUAACAUCGGGAAAACUGAUACAUUUAUAAGUAAAUUAAUUGAUAAUGAUAUUGUUAAAAUAGAAGACUUAGAGUUUUGGUUUGUUUGGAAAAAAGAAAUGAACAAAAAUAAGAGAAUAAUAGAAAUAAAUGGAGAAUAUUUAUUGCUAUAA